AUGUCAACCUUCACUUUUCCCACCUUUCCCUACGACCCGCUGCCGACGCCCACCAGUAUUCGCCUCUUGACGGUGCGCAAUCCGCUGGCAAAGGCAGCUCCUACACUCUGCGGCCAUACGCUGCUGUCCUGCAAGCUGUAUACCGUCGAUCUCAAGGACAAGCCUAAUUUCAACUGCCUCUCCUACACCUGGGGUAACCCAAACCCUCUGGACCAGAGCAAGGAUGGCACCGACGACCCAUACGCUCCGCACAACCAGUGGCCCAUUUCUGUCAAUGGGCGCUUAUUUUUCAUAACAAAAAAUCUCUACAAUAGUCUGUGCCAGCUCAGGGUGGAUGAGUGGUCUGACGAUGCCGAAGUUGACUCGCGCUUUGAGCCUUACAACAAGACGAGGAUAAUUCAGGCUGCCGAGGAGGGCAGAUACAUCGAUGUGGAGGAUUGCAUUCGGCAUGGUGCCAAUGUGCUCAACGUCGACUGCUUCGGCGAGACGGCUCUGCAUUAUGCUGCAGAAAACGGCCAUGUGGAUAUUGUCGAGCUUUUGCUCGCCCAUGGCGCGGAUCGUACCGCAGUCGACAGUACCGAUCGCACACCCUUGGAUUGCUGCGUGCAGCGCAAACGGAGGCGCUACCAAGAGAUUGCCCGCAUUUUGGAGAAUACAUCAGAUACAUCUGCGACAGUCUCCGGUGCUGUAGUACGACACCACCGAUCCAAGCCCAUUUGGAUCGACGCAAUCUGCGUUAACCAGAACGAUGUGCUCGAGAGAAACAUCCAGGUGUCCAUGAUGACACAAAUAUACGGACAAGCUCAGUCCGUCAUCAUUUGGCUCGGCGGUUUCGACUCAGAAGCCGGAGCCGAGUUGUAUCACUCUUUGCCUACUAUUCUGUCCUCCUCGGCCGAAUGCUUCACACGCUCAUGGGAAGCUUGGCACCGACGUCGGAAGAAUGGCGAAAGCGAUGAGGACGAUGAAGAAGUUCAGAACGGAACUAUUCUCUCUUCUGAAAGUAUACGAAUCGUGCUGGAGUUUGUUCGUAGAUCCUACUUCCAUCGAAUUUGGGUCCUACAAGAAGUUGCCUUGGCCCGAGACGUGCGAAUCAUGUUUGGAGGCGACGAUCUUCCAUGGGCCGCACUGUUCCAAGUUUUCCAAUCCGCCAUCGAUUUCGAAUACGUCGCCUCGGACUACAACAUGAAAGUGAUCAAAUACCGCUACGGCGACAUGGGCACGCUGGCAUGGUCGCUAGCCGAUGUAAGACUGCACUCGCGGCGCACAAAGCUCGAGAACAGCAUUGUCACGGCACAGCUACAGUCCCUCCGAGAGAGCAAUCCCGAUUUUGUCGCCAUGGAAGAUAGCUGGUGGCAUUCAAAACUGCCUCUUGCGACCCUCAUUGCCCUGACUUGGAAUUUUGCCGCAACCGAUCCUCGCGACAAAAUCUUUGCGCUCCUCGGCAUCGCGCAGCCCGUCCCUGGCGAGGAACCUAUUGUUCCAGACUAUCACAAAACUGUCACCGAGGUGUUCACUCAAGUCGGCAAGGCAUAUAUCCAAGCAAGGGGCGACAAUCGAUACCAGGACUGGAGGAGUGGAGAGAUUGAAGACUUUGAGCCUCUCGAGGCUCUGUCUUUUAUACAAGACAUUAGCGAGUACCAUGACGGUUAUUGCUGGUUGCGUCCGUUUGCCGACACCCAUAAUCUGCUGCCACGGCCGGACGAUUUGCCUUCCUGGGUGCCGUCGUUUCACUGGCCGCUUGCCACCCGGCGCCUCUUUAGCACAAAGUUCCGCGCCGGCGGUUCAAGCGUGCCACACAUCUACCCAUUUGACUCUGAUAUCCUGUGGCUCGACGCUCUCAUGGUCGACACGAUUACCAACGUGGAGACACAGCGUCGCGAUCAGUCCCACUGCUACUGCGGCACGCCCAACGUCCUAGAGUGGCUGAAGAUCAUGGCUACCAUCGAUCCCAUCUAUCCGACGGGCUGCGACCGCGUCGAGGCCCUGUGGCAGGUCCUGAGCGCCAACUGCUAUCUUAAGCGGGCCUUUCCCCUCACGGCCUACAGCUACGCCGAGGAUCCUGUGGGGGAGGACUUUGCCGACUACAUCAAGGACACUCUGCCCGGCGAGCUGGCGAAGCACGAGCUCUGCGAUGACGAUGGCAAUCUCGCCCCCGAUACAGCUGCCUGGCUGCGGGAGGUGUUUGGUCAAGACACGUCCGGCUCGUUGCCCGAUAUUGACGAUGUUUUGGCAGCCGUGAAGAAUGCCAAGGUGAGCAACGACGAGGGAGAAGAGGCGGAGGAGAAAACAGAGGGCGACGGUGAAGGGGAGAGGGGCGACGAGGACGAGAGCGAAGGAAGGGCUGAAGGAGAAGGGGCUGGACAAGAGAGGGCAGAAAAGGCCGGUGAAUCAAAAGGUGCUGAACGAGCGGGAGCGGAAGCAAGCAGUGACGUUGACAGCCGCAAGGAGGAUCAGCGCGGGGAUGCUGACGAGCAAGGGCAAGACAGUGACAGCUCGGCGGAAAUUGUGGCGACGCCUGAGGGAAGUGAGGAGGAAACUGGCGAAGAAGAAGAUAAAAAAGACGGACAAGGAAAAGAUGAGAAGGAGGAAGAGGAGGAAGAAGAGGAGGCGGAAGAAGAAGAGGAAGGGAGGAGUGGCGUCAACUCAUUUGAAUACUUCAUGUGGUGCGUAUGGCCGUUGCGUCGCGUCGUGUCCACGACCAAGGGUUAUCUCGGCCUGGUACCGCGUGUCACGCAAGCAGGCGACCAAGUGUGGCUAUUUGCUGGUGGGCGCACGCCGUACAUUCUUCGCCCCACGAGCCAGCCAGGUCAAUAUACCUUCAUUGGCGAAGCCUACAUACACGGCAUCAUGGACGGCGAGGCGGCCGAAGACAAAUACAAUAGCUUUAGACCAGUUCAGGUUGUUUGA